AUGCUUAUGCUGACUGUUGUAAUGAGCAUGUUCCGAAGUUUCUUCAUCAUUACGGCAAUGCUUCUGUUUGUUCUAUUUUACGCCUACACCGGCGUCAUUUUAUUUGGUAUGGUUAAAUAUGGCCAAGCUGUUUCCAAACACGUGAAUUUUCGUACUGGUUCAGAAGCUUUAGUGGUUUUGUUUCGAAGUAUCACUGGUGAAGACUGGAACGACAUAAUGCACGAUUGCAUGCGCAGCCCUCCACUGUGUUAUUGGAAGGAAGGAGCGAAUUACUGGGAAACUGACUGCGGUAAUUACUAUGGUGCUAUCAUUUAUUUCUGUUCGUUUUAUGUUAUCAUCACAUACAUUGUUCGUAAUUUAUUAGUGGCAAUUAUUAUCGAAAAUUUCUCGUUAUUUUACUCAAGUGAAGAGGAUGCUCUGCUAAGUUAUGCUGAUAUACGUAAUUUCCAGAAUGUCUGGAAUAUGGUUGACACUGAUCAGAAGAGGUCCAUACCGGUGCGCCGAGUGAAAUUUCUUUUGCGUUUACUUCGCGAACGAUUGGAAGUUGAUCCAGACAGAGACAAGCUUUUAUUCAAGCACAUGUGCUAUGAGAUGGAGAAACUACACAAUGGCGACGAUGUUUCUUUCCAUGAUGUUUUGUACAUGCUUUCAUAUCGCAGCGUGGACAUACGGAAGUCAUUACAACUUGAAGAGCUUCUCGAAAGAGAGGAACUUGAAUACAUUAUUGAAGAGGAGGUGGCCAAACAGACAAUCAAAACAUGGCUAGAAGCCUGCAUGCGACGAAUACGAAGCCCAUCACAGGUUUCAUGA